AUGCACCGCUCGGUGGAGGUCUCACAGGCGGAGGAUCACAUCAAGGUUGACACGGGCGAACUUAUCGCCCUGGACGAAUGCGAGAGCGUGGUCCCGGCCGACGACGCCAAGGAGCUGGAGAAGCCCAAAGCCGACGUCGUCAAGGAGGCGAAGGCAGCGGCCAAGCAGGCCCUCGAGUCAGCGGCGGAGGAGCUCAAGGAGCAGACGUCGGCGCAGCAGGCAUGGCUCGACGAGCUGCGGAAGUAG